UCAGUGCCUUCUUACUGUUUUCAUUGCACCCUAAUCCAAUUCUCAGAAUGGCAUCUAAUUCUCUUUGCCAUCUCUUCAUUUUGAUCCUCUCAUUUUUCUUUCUUUCUCCAUCCCAUGCUGCUACUCCAAGCCCACUGAUAUUUCCGAUCAGGAAAGACGACCCGACCCGACUGUACUACACCACGAUCAUGGUCGGGACUCCUCCCACUGCAGUAAACACCCUGCUUGACCUUGCGGGACAGUGGUCGUGGUUCAACUGCGACGGAGGCUAUAACUCCUUGGCCUAUAGGCCGGUUGCAUGUGGUUCGGACACUUGCAAUGCCGCAGGUGGGAUAGGGUGUGUCGGUUGCAACGGUCCCGCUCGACCCGGGUGCACUAAUGACACAUGUGGUGUCUUUCCCUACAAUCCGUUUCAGAACAUGCAGUUGGCGGAAGGAUUAGGUGAGGAUGUUCUGGUCGUCCGUGCAACCGAUGGGUUGAAGUACACUUCCAGGCUCCAUGUCAGGCAGUUUCCUGUCGCAUGUGUGAGCUCAUCAGCCCUAGAAGGCCUCCCGAACACGACUACAGGAGUCAUCGCCCUGUCAAGGGCGAUGACUUCUCUACCAAGUAAGCUCUGGUCCGCCCUCAACUUGUCCAGCAAGGUUGCUCUCUGCCUCCCGUCCUCAAGCAAGCUCGGCCAUGGAGACAUGUACAUUGGUGGCGGCCCCUACUAUAGGCCCUUCACCGGAUCAAAAGACUUCUCCAAGUCUCUGCUCGUUACGAAGCUCCUUGUCAACCCUGUGAGCACUGCUCCGAUUUCUAGUGAGGGUGAUGCUUCUUUCGAGUAUUUCGUGGACGUGAGAGCCAUCAAAGUGGACUACACGCCCGUAUCUUUCAACAAUUCUUUGCUAGACAUCGGCAGUAACGGUGUAGGUGGGACUAAAAUAAGCACGAUAACUCCAUACACGAAGCUUCACUCUUCUAUAUACAAGACUCUCAUGAAGGCAUUUGCCGAGGCAGCCUCGAAAAAGAAGAUAAAGAAAACUGCAAAUGUGGCUCCAUUUGGGUUGUGCUACAAGAUGAAGACGAUCGGUAGCACCAAGGCAGGCCCUGAUGUGCCGAACAUUGUCCUGGUGCUCCAGAGCGACGCGCAAUGGGAGAUUAAGGGGGCGAACUCAAUGGUGAGGGUGAGUAAAGAGGUGAUGUGCCUCGGGUUUGUGGAUGCAGGUAAAGAAGUGACCACCUCAAUUGUCAUCGGAGCACACCAGAUGGAGGAGAACCUUUUAGAGUUCGACGUCAACUCCUCAACUUUCGCAUUCAGUAACUCACUUCUGCUUCAAAACACAAGCUGCUCCCACUUUUGAGUCGGAGAAGAUCCCAUGUCGAGCGAUGCUCGUGAGUCUUAUGCUCGAUCCAUUUGUAACGGUUUGUUUUGUGUCGAUGUCUCAGAUCUCAAUAAAACUCUUCCUCCAGUAGAUUAAUCGAUUCUACAUCAAAGAAAGUGACUGGCAACUGAUGCUUUAAGCUUAUGCAACCCCUCGAAGUCAAGAAAGGCCACUGGAUUCAAAUUGUGUCUACGAUUGUGUACUGAAAAAGCAACAUGUGCUGUAUUAAUUAGUUAACCUUGUAUUCGAAUUAAUAUAAACGUUAAACA